AUGCCUCCCAAGUUCGAUCCCAAUGAGGUCAAGGUGAUUACCUUGCGAGCCACUGGUGGUGAAGUCGGUGCUUCAUCUGCCCUCGCCCCCAAGAUUGGUCCUCUCGGUCUCUCCCCGAAGAAGGUCGGUGAAGAUAUCGCCAAGGCGACUGGUGACUGGAAAGGUCUCCGCGUCACAGUGAAGCUCACCAUCCAAAACCGUCAAGCCGCCGUCUCUGUCGUGCCGACUGCCUCAUCUCUCGUCAUCAAGGCACUAAAGGAGCCCCCCCGUGACCGAAAGAAGGAGAAGAACAUCAAGCACAGCAAGUCCAUCACACUCGACGAGGUUAUCGACAUUGCGAGAACGAUGAAGUUCAAGUCCUUCUCUAAGACUCUGGAGGGAACCGUCAAGGAGAUUCUGGGAACUGCAUUCAGCGUUGGCUGCCAGGUAGACGGAAAGAGCCCGAAGGCGAUCACCGAGGCGAUUGAGGCUGGAGAGAUUGACAUUCCCGAAGAGUAA